AUGCUAAAGCUCGCCAUUAAUGCUGCUCCAUCACCUAACCCAAUUCCAACUUUUGGUAAAAGUUACGGAGGAGGAUAUGGCGGUGGUUUCGGUGGAGGGUACGGUGGGGGAUAUAAUGGAGGAUAUAGUGGAGGAUGUGGUUAUAAUUGUGGUGGAGGAUACGGAGGCCAUGGAGGAAGUACUUUAAUAGUUAUCAAAAAGGUUCCGUACGGCGGAGGAUAUGGUGGCUAUGGAGGACACGGUGGUUAUGGAGGUUACGGAAAAGGAUUUGGUGGCGGUCACGGUGGCGGAUAUGGAGGAGGUUACGGGAAAGGUCUCGGAGGAGGGGGCUGUGGGUACGGAGGUUGUGGAGGAAAUAUAGGACACGGGGGUGGUGGAGGUUUUGGGUUCGGAUUUGGAGGUGGAUUCGGAGGAGGAUUCGGAGGAGGUGGCGGCGGAGGUGGUGGAGGCGGAGGAGGUGGUGGAUGGGGAAAAUAA